AUGGAAAUUGCAGCAGGAGCGCUCGGUGCGUUUGGAAGCGUUGCGGCUGCCUCGCAUAGCGUUCUUUCUGGCUUCUCAGCUCGACACGACCAUGCGCAUGAUGCCCAAGUUGCAGAGACGCAGCAGCUGAUCGGGUUGUUUAAUAAGGCUUUGAAGGAGGGGGAGAUUGAUGAGGAGGAUUACGAGGAGUUUCAGAGGAAGAAGGAGGUAGCGAUACAAUCUGCCGACGAGUAUUUUGACGCCAUAUCUGAUUUCAAGAGUACGAGUUCUGUUAAUUUGGUGAAGAAGAGCGAGAUGAAGCAUCGGGUGAGGGAGUGGAAGAGGAAGCAUCGGGAGGCUAAUCGAAGUUUGCGGACGCAUUACUAUAACUCGGGAUCGGAUGCGUCGGAUGUUUCGUCUGUUGUUGCGUCCUCGGGGACUUCGCACAGUAGUCGCAAGAUUGUUGGAAGAAAGAAGAAGAAGAACGGCUUCGACAUUGCAGAUCCGCUUGGAGCCCUCCGGCGGAGGCGGGGGCAGGAACCAAAGGCCGGAUGGGAAGGGUCGACAGAUUCGAUGGUACCAACUGAAGAAAGGAGCGGAGAAAGCACAGCUCGGAUGGGCUUGGAGGAUAAGUACGGGGUAUAUCUCCGGGUGGUCACGCAGGAUGGCAGACGGACUGUCAUCCGGCUAGCACGUAGGCUGGAUGGAAGCGACGGGAGGGUAUAUGAGAUUAGGAGGUACCGCAAGCCACGCGAAGGUGAAGCAGUGAAUACAUACCAAGAAAGGUUGAGGGAGGAAUAUAUGUUCUUCUGGUCACUUAAUCACCCCAAUGUGCUCGAAACGUUCGAUUUGCUGCAAGACGAGAAUGGUGCCUGGUGUCACGUUAUCGAAUUUUAUUCGGGCGGAAGUUUAUUCGAUGCGUUAGAACAAGGAUCUAUGACGCCGGAAGAAAAGAGUUGCAGUUUCAAACAGCUUGUCAACGGGGUCAACUACCUCCAUUCGAAGGGACUUGCUCAUCGGGAUUUGAAACUCGACGACCUCUAUUUCGACGACAGGGGAUGUCUCAAGAUUUCUGAGUUCAGUGCGGUCACUGUGUGCCGCCUGGAUCGCAAGGGUGGUUUUCGUAUGUCGACAAGGCAGUAUGGAGCAGAACCCUACGUUUCUCCCGAACAAUACGUCGACCUACCCUACAACCCCCAAUUGGCUGACGUCUGGUCAUGCGGAAUCGUGUACUUCUGCAUGUACUUUCAAAGGUUUCCUUGGAGUAUUGCGAAGGGCACCAGCAAAGAGUACAGUCUCUACUUAGAGGAUUACACGAGCGGACCAAAGGAGCCCGUAGCAAGGCCAAUAGGAACUAAACAUCCAUUGAAGGCACUUCAGCUUCUUAAACCCGAAGAAAGCCGCCCGCUUGUCCUCGCGAUGCUGGAUCCCGAUUGUCAACGCCGAUAUGCCAUCGAACAGGUAGUGGCUCAUCCGUGGAUCCAGUCAAUCGAGGUCUGCGUAGGAAUAGAAGCAUCGAAUCAUCGCCAUACUCAUGCACGGACAAUGGCUGACUCCGUGUCCUUCCCGGAUGAGCAUCUGGCGGAAGAUCUCCAGUCUGAUUGGUAG